AUGUAAUGCAACUUCCUUAGAAUAGGAGGAAGACAGUUUUGGUAAACUAGGAAGUAGAAAGCCAGUCUUUCAUUGCACUGGGUUAGUGUUGUUCAGUCUCCUCAAUCUCUGCCAUGACUCUUCAUCUCAGUAUUCUUCUCAUCCUCACUGGACUCACAGGAGUUCACAACGAAGAAACCUCUGUCAGUAAAGUUCCGGUGAAGGCUAGAGGUUCUAUCACCAUCCCAUGUCUCUAUGACCCAAUCUACAGAAACAACGUCAAGUACUUGUGUCAGGGUUACACUUUUUUCAAUUGCGAUGAUGUUGUUAAAAAAACAAAAACCAAUAGUUCAGGAAACGUUUUGGUCUGUGAUCACAAAUCCCAGAGCAUCUUCACUGUAACUAUCAAAGAUCUAAAGGUCAUGGACAAACAUUUCUGGUGUAGUGUGAAGAUCAAAAAUGGAGCAGAUGAUGGAUCGUAUUUUCAACUGUCGGUCACCAGUGGUUUGCCUGGUCUUUAUGUGGAUCAUCAGGAAAUCGGUGGAUUCAUUGGAGAGAGUAUAACCAUCAGUUGUAACUACAGCACUGCUGGAGAAAUUAAGUGGUGCAAAUUGGGCAGGAGCUGUGUGACAGGGCAGUCGGGAGCAAUAGAUGGAACAAUAGUAACCAUAGACUCCGGGGGCCUCAAUGUUUUCCAUGUGUCUAUGAGCGGACUGUCAACAGGAAGCAUCGGCUGGUAUUUGUGCGUUAAAGGAGACUUGCAGAUGCCAGUGCAUGUCAAUGUUACUGAGAAACCCACCACUACCACUCUUGCAACAACCGGAUUGAGCACUGGAGGCCAAAAACAGCAAAGCCCUUCCAUAGACCUAAAGAGCCUCAUCAUCACUCUGAGUUUGUUGAUCGUCAUUGUGCUCGUGACCUCGUUCAUCUGGAUUAUGUUGAGAAAGCACAAGCAAAACAAGCCAGAAUCAUCAGCGAUCACAACGGCUGAAGCGGAUGCAACGUACUCCGAUGUCAAACCCCAAAUGAAAACUUCAGCGAAGUGUGAAGAGGAAGUACUGUACUCGACUGUUGGGUUCAAAUCAUCAGACCAGAGACUAUGUGCUGAAACUGACGUGGAUGUGUUGUACAGUUCUGUGGUUACCACUAAACACAAAAGAGUAAAACGGGCUAAAGCACAAGAUACAGAUGUUUCAUACAGCACGUUGGCUCUGACCGGCCAAAAUACUUGAACGGUUCUGUAUCUGUAAAUCAUUUAUUAAUGUUUUUUUUCCAGGAUAUACUGCAGCAAUUAGUUUUAAACGUGUAUUGCUUUGUAGUGCUGUAGAUUCUUUCUACUUUUUUCUACCAUUCGCUGACUAGAAAACAUCAAGAAGCAUUUGCCUGUUUGUUUGAUAAAUGUUAUAAAUAAAAUGUUUGCAUUUCCA